CGUAAAACAAUUCUUACACAGCCCCCGGCAAAUUUCGAAGAACACCUAAUUCAAUUCAAUUGAAUGGAAUCGACUGUUUAGAUGAUUAUAUAUAUGAUUAUGAGGUAAGACUUAAUUAAAUCUUGGAGAUAAUCAGAGAUUUGAAAAUGGAUGAGAAAGAAAUUGGGGCGCCGGGGAGCUCGAUGCACGGAGUGACCGGAAAAGAGCAGUCUUUUGCCUUUACGGCGGCCGGGGAUGAAGAUCCCACGGCGGCGGCUAAAUUUGCGCUGCCGGUGGAUUCGGAGCACAAGGCGAGAGUGUUCAAGAUCUACUCGUUUGCGAAUCCGCAUAUGAGAACGUUCCAUUUAUCCUGGACUGCCUUCUUCACGUGCUUUGUGUCGACGUUCGCGGCGGCGCCGCUUGUUCCGAUCAUCCGGGACAAUCUAGGGCUGACCAAGCGGGACAUCGGGAACGCCGGCAUAGCCUCCGUCUCCGGCAGCAUUUUCUCGAGGCUGGCGAUGGGCGCCGCCUGCGAUAUGCUGGGGCCGAGGUAUGCCUGCGCAGUUCUGAUCAUGCUGUCGGCGCCGACGGUGUUUUGUAUGUCGUUCGUGUCGUCGGCGGGGGGCUACGUCGCCGUCAGGUUCAUGAUCGGGUUCUCCCUGGCGACGUUCGUGUCGUGCCAGUACUGGAUGAGCACCAUGUUCAACGGGAAGAUCAUCGGCCUGGUUAACGGGACCGCCGCCGGGUGGGGCAAUAUGGGCGGCGGCGCCACCCAGCUGCUGAUGCCGUUGCUGUACGAGGUUAUCCGGAGAGCCGGUUCGACCCCUUUUACAGCCUGGAGGAUUGCCUUCUUUGUACCUGGAUGGAUGCAUGUCGUCAUGGGCCUCCUCGUUUUGGGCCUCGGCCAGGAUCUUCCCGACGGGAAUCUCGGGGCUCUGCAGAAGAAAGGAGAGGUCGCCAAAGAUAAAUUUUCCAGGGUGCUCUGGUACGCUGUUACCAAUUACAGGACCUGGAUUUUCGUGCUCCUGUACGGGAUGUCUCUGGGAGUCGAAUUAACCACAGAUAAUGUCAUCGCAGAAUAUUUCUACGACAGGUUCGACGUGAACCUUCACACGGCGGGAACCAUAGCGGCGACGUUCGGCCUGGCGAACAUCGUGUCCCGACCAAUGGGGGGGAUGAUGUCCGACGUGGCAGCCCGGCGGUUCGGGAUGAGGGGCCGGCUAUGGAAUCUGUGGAUUCUGCAGACGUUGGGGGGAGUUUUCUGCAUAUGUUUGGGCAGGGCGGAGACGCUGCCGGUUUCCGUCACUUUCAUGAUUCUCUUCUCAAUCGGAGCUCAGGCGGCCUGCGGCGCUACGUUCGGCAUAAUUCCGUUCAUCUCGCGGCGGUCUUUGGGGGUCAUCUCCGGCCUGACCGGCGCCGGCGGGAAUUUCGGCUCCGGCCUGACGCAACUGCUGUUCUUUACGAGCUCCAAGUAUUCGACGGCGACGGGGCUGAGCUUGAUGGGGAUUAUGAUCGUGGCGUGCACGCUGCCGGUGGCGGUGGUGCACUUCCCGCAGUGGGGGAGCAUGCUCCUGCCGCCGACGGAGAAGUGGACGGAGGAGUAUUAUUACGGGAAGGAGUGGAAUGACGACGAGAAGGAGAAAGGGAUGCAUCAAGGUAGCCUGAAGUUCGCCGAGAAUAGCCGCUCCGAGAGGGGGCGGCCGCCGCCGGAUUCCGCCGCGAACCCCGCCGUGUGAAGGAGGAAGGUGGUCUCCCUGUGUGGGCUAACUGUACAUCCAAAGGCCCAUUAAGGAAAUAAGAAUUGAUUGGGCCUUUAUUCAGCCCAUAAUCACCUGCGCAAUAUGGGACUGCGUUUGUUUAAUAUAUUAGGCUCGGUCCUUUUUAGGAUUUUGAUCAGAGCUGCGGCCUAUGUAUUUCACCAAUAAUGUUUUUAGGUAGGAUAAUAGUAUUGUAUGUUUGUUUAU